CAUUGUAUAUGUUGGGAGCAUAGGGGCGAUUUUAAAUGAAUCUUUGGGGUUUUCCCGAUAUUUGCCCUUCGUUUGAAGCCCUAACUCAGGUUAUGUUGUCUCCACCUUACCAUUGACGAAGCUCAUCUUUAUCUGGGGAGGCGCUCUUCCUGAAGCUCAUAGUCUGGGAUUCUUGAAUCUAGUUUUACAUAGCUGGCAGGAUGAGUGAUGAUGUUUUUGAUGGACAAAUGCUGGCAGACAAGCUGUCUAAACUCAACAGUUCUCAACAAAGUAUAGAAUCACUAUCCCAUUUGUGUAUGUCACAGAGGAAGAAAGCCAAACAGAUUGUUGGAAUAUGGCAUAAAUCAUUCAAAUCUGCUCAGAAAGAGCAACAUGUUGCUUUUCUGUAUUUAGCCAAUGACAUUUUGCAAAAUAGUAGGCGGAAGGGCAGUGAGUUUGUGAGUGAAUUUUGGAAGGUCAUGCCUUCAGCCCUCAAGCAUGUUAAUGAACAUGGUGAUGCAAAUGGGAAGAAAGCAGCAUCAAGACUGGUUGACAUAUGGGAUGAAAGGAAGGUUUUUGGAUCCCGUGGUCAGAAUUUGAAAGAUGAAAUGCUUGGUAAAAGUCCUCCCACUCCAUUGACUACCAAUGGAAAGACUUCUACUUGUAACCCCAUCAAGAUAGUGAAAAGGGAUGCCAACUCAUUGAGACUUAAAUUGGCUGUGGGGGAUAUCCCAGAAAAGAUAAUGACUGCUAUGCAUGCGGUACAUGAUGAGAGUGGCAUGGAAGAUACCGCCUUAAACAACUGUGAAGCUGCUGUUCGCCGUUUUGGAAAUUUGGAGAGAGAUAUUGAAACUCAAGGAGUUGCACUAGGACCUUCAUUGGUAGAAGAGAUACAGGAGCAAGAAAAUGUACUUGAAGAAUGUGUCACCCAACUUGAAACUGCUGAAAGGACCAGAACCUCAUUGAUUUCCCAGCUUAAACAAGCACUCCAGGAUCAAGAAUUGAAGCUAGAUGUUAUUCAGAGCCAGUUGCAAGUUGCUCGACAUCAAAUUGAUGAUGCUGUAAAUUUAAGGAAGAAGUUGGUAUCACCUUCUCUUCCUCCAACCCAAAACCAACCACCACCACCUGAACUCACAACUGAAUCCAUGUCUUCUUACGGAACCACCACCCAUGUCACAGAAGAAGACAACAAGAAAGCUGCCGCAGCUGCCGUCGCCGCCAAGCUUGCCGCCUCCACCUCCUCCGCACAGAUGCUUGCCUCCGCCCUCUCUUCUCUAGUUGCCGAGGAGGCUGCCGCCUUUAAUUCCCCCGGAUUAUCCCUAUUCUCACCGGAAAAACGACAGAAGCUUGAAAAACCAAUGCCCGUCUCCGAUUUGACCAAUUCCAAUUCCGAUUCCGGUUAUUUCUCCAACAACCAAACACCAUUCCCACCACCACCACCACUGCCGCCAUCGUCCAUGAGUUCUCCGGCGAAUCAAUUUGUUCAGUCCUCUGGAUUAAUGAUGCCGCCGUAUGUGUAUGGUUCCAGCAGCCUGCCACCGCCACCCCCUUUGCCGUCACAUAUUGCAAUGGGGUUGAUGAGGCCUGGCCACCACCAGCAACAACAACAGCAGCAGCAGCAGAACCCAUCUCAGCCACCACCAACGAAUGGUGGUGGAUACUACCGGCCGCCAGGUAUUGGAUUUUACGGGCAAGGGCAUCAGCCGGCACCGCCACCGCCUGUGCCCCGCCAGUGAACCGGUUUUGUAUAUUAAUAGGAAUCUUAGACAUGAAUGUUCUGUUCAGUUCAGUUAAAUGCUGUUGUUAAAACUCAACUCUAGGUCAGGUGAGAUGAGAUGUAACUGCAAGUAAAUGUCACAAGUCAACUAUACUAUGGCUUGGCUUAUAAGCUGCUUCUUGGUUGCUUGUAUUACUUUUCUUAAAAUUUCUACCCUUUUUAUUUUACAUUACAUCUUCUCUUCUCUUAUGUUGUAGAAUUUUGGU